GUGAGUUUUUUUUUUUUUUUUUUGGGAAAAGAGGGAGCGUUGUUAUCGUGAUUGGUAAUUUGUAAUCGUAUCUCGUGUGUGUGUGUGUGUGUGUGUGUGUGAGAGAGAGAGAGAGAGAGAGACAGCGACAGAGAAGCGCGGCAUGUCGAUACCAAAGGAGCCGGAGCAGGUUAUGAAGCAAAGAGGGGGAUCUGUGCUGGGCAAGAAGACCAUUCUCAAGAGUGAUCAUUUCCCUGGCUGCCAGAACAAACGCUUGUCUCCGCAGAUCGAUGGUGCUCCCAAUUACCGUCAGAGUCAUGGGAGUAAUGACCCUAAUUUUUGUUCUCCUCCUCCUGAAUUUUGUCCACUUAAUCUUUCAGUCGUCUCAAACGAAGUUAUUCCUCUGACAAAAGCGCCGAACAAAAAUAACCUAACUUUUUUGACAAAAGCCCCAAUGCAUGUUCGUUCAGACCCUGGAUGGAGGCUGACUCGUUGCAUGUCCAUGGUGUUGCAAUUCCCACAAUUGACGGCAUCCGGAAUGUUCUUAACCACAUUGGGGCUCAAAUGGAUGGGAAGCAAACACGAGUUCUUUGGAUUAACCUUCGCGAGGAGCCGCAGGUGGUAUAUAUUAAUGGUCGCCCUUUUGUUCUACGUGAUGUGGAGAGGCCCUUCUCCAAUCUUGAAUAUACGGGAUCGGGUUGAACAAAUGGAAGCUCGAUUGAAAGAAGAUAUCCUACUGGAGGCUGCAAGAUAUGGAAAUAAGAUCCUUGUAACUGAUGAACUUCCAGAUGGUCAGAUGGUGGAUCAAUGGGAACCGGUGACACGUGAUUCUGUUAAAACACCACUCGAGGUGUAUGAAGAAUUGCAAGCAAAACGGUACCUUGUUGACUAUGAACGUGUUCCUGUAACAGAUGAGAAAUCACCAAAGGAGCAGGAUUUUGAUAUUUUGGUUAAUAAAAUUUCUCAAGCUGAUAUAAACACAGAGAUAAUUUUUAAUUGCCAAAUGGGGCGUGGAAGAACUACAACUGGGAUGGUGAUUGCUACAUUGGUCUAUCUUAAUCGAAUUGGAGCAUCUGGUAUUCCAAGGACCAAUUCAAUCGGGAAAGUUUCUAACUCAGGUUCCAGUGUUACCGAUAUUUUUCCAAAUUCAGAGGAGGCAAUUCGCAGGGGAGAAUAUGCAGUCAUUAGAAGCUUGAUUCGGGUUUUAGAGGGCGGUGUUGAAGGCAAAAGACAAGUGGAUAAGGUCAUCGAUAAAUGUGCCUCCAUGCAGUUACAGAAUUUACGUGAAGCCAUUGCCACUUAUCGCAAUAGAAUUUUGCAUCAACCAGAUGAGAUGAAGAGGGAGGCAUCACUUUCUUUUUUUGUGGAGUACUUGGAAAGAUAUUACUUCCUUAUAUGUUUUGCUGUAUACCUCCAUACAAAGAGAGCAGCACUCCACCCUAGAUCCCCUGAUCAAAGCAGUUUUGCUGACUGGAUGAAAGCCAGGCCAGAACUGUAUAGCAUAAUACGCAGGUUGCUUAGGAGAGACCCAAUGGGAGCACUUGGUUAUGCAAAUGCAAAUGCAAAUGCAAAAUCGAAAAUAACGAGAAUUGUUGAAUCUGCUGAUGGGCGCCCUUGCGAGAUGAGUGUAGUUGCUGCCUUGAGAAACGGGGAGGUUCUCGGAAGUCAAACUGUUCUCAAGAGUGACCAUUGUCCUGGGUGUCAAAACCCUAACUUACCAGAAAGAGUGGAGGGUGCCCCUAAUUUUAGAGAAAUUCCUGGGUUUCCAGUUUAUGGUGUUGCAAAUCCAACAAUUGAUGGAAUUAGAUCUGUCAUUCAGAGGAUAGGCAGCUCUAAAGGUGGUCGGCCAGUUUUUUGGCACAACAUGCGAGAAGAACCUGUUAUCUACAUCAAUGGAAAGCCAUUUGUGCUUCGUGAGGUUGAAAGACCAUAUAAAAACAUGCUAGAGUACACGGGAAUUGAUCGUGAAAGAGUACAAAGAAUGGAAGCUCGACUGAAAGAAGAUAUUCUGCGAGAAGCUGAACGCUAUGGAGGUGCUAUAAUGGUUAUACAUGAAACUGAUGAUAGGCAGAUAUUUGAUGCUUGGGAGCAUGUGAGCUCUGAUGUAAUUCAGACCCCCUUGGAGGUUUUCAGAUGCUUAGAGUCUAAGGGUUUUCCUGUCAAGUAUGCCCGUGUUCCUAUCACUGAUGGUAAAGCUCCCAAAAGUUCUGACUUUGACACUUUGGCUAUGAAUAUUGCUUCAGCACCCAAGGAUACUGCUUUUGUUUUCAACUGCCAGUUAAUUUCACAGAUGGGUAGAGGAAGGACAACCACCGGUACUGUAAUUGCUUGCCUUCUUAAACUGCGAAUUGAUUAUGGGAGACCCAUUAGAAUCCUGCUUGAUGAUACAGCCCAUGAGGAGGUGGAUGGUGGUACAUCGAGUGGUGAAGAAACUGGUGGUCACAGUGCUUCAUUUACCUCUGUUUCUACUAAAGGUAGACAUAGAAAAGAGCCAAGUCAUGCAUUUGGGAUAAAUGACAUCUUAUUGUUGUGGAAGAUAACACGAUUAUUUGAUAAUGGAGUGGAAUGCCGGGAGGCCUUGGAUGUUAUUAUUGAUAGAUGUUCGGCUCUCCAGAAUAUUCGCCAAGCUGUCUUGCAAUACAGAAAACGAUUCAAUCAGCAACAUGUUGAGCCGAGGGAAAGGAGACUGGCACUGAACCGCGGAGCAGAGUACUUGGAGCGUUAUUUUCGUUUAAUUGCUUUUGCAGCAUAUCUUGGAAGUGAAGCUUUUGAUGGGUUUUGUGGACAAGGUGAAUCCAGAAUGACAUUCAAGAAUUGGUUGUAUCAGAGACCAGAGGUCCAAGCAAUGAAAUGGAGCAUAAGACUAAGGCCUGGGCGAUUCUUUACAGUCCCUGAGGAGUUAAGAGCACCACAUGAAUCUCAACAUGGAGAUGCAGUAAUGGAGGCCAUUGUGAAGACUCGUAAUGGUUCAGUUCUGGGGAAAGGCUCUAUACUUAAGAUGUACUUCUUUCCCGGCCAAAGAACUUCCAGCAACAUUCAGAUUCAUGGUGCACCACAUGUUUACAAGGUGGAUGGUUACCCUGUGUAUAGCAUGGCAACUCCAACAAUUUCUGGUGCCAAAGAGAUGUUGGCCUAUUUAGGUGCCCAGCCCACUGCAGAAGGAAGCAUCACUAAGAAAGUGAUUUUAACAGAUCUAAGAGAAGAAGCUGUUGUUUAUAUCAAUGGCAUACCAUUUGUGCUUAGGGAACUAAAUAAACCUGUUGAUACACUCAAGCAUGUGGGAAUCACUGGUCCAGUGGUGGAACACAUGGAGGCACGUCUGAAAGAAGAUAUAAUAUCUGAGGUCAAACAAUCUGGUGGUCGAAUGCUUCUACAUCGCGAAGAAUUCAGUCCAGCAUCAAAUCAGGCAAGUGUUAUAGGAUACUGGGAAAACAUUUUCGUAGAUGAUUUAAAGACACCUGCGGAAGUAUAUGCUGCUCUGAAAGAUGAAGGAUACAGCAUUGAAUAUAGGAGGAUACCACUAACUAGAGAGAGAGAUGCAUUAGCUUCUGAUGUUGAUGCAAUCCAAUAUUGUAGAGAUGACUCUGCAGGGUCAUAUCUUUUUGUGUCACACACUGGAUUUGGAGGGGUUGCUUAUGCAAUGGCCAUUAUUUGUGUAAGACUUGAUGCAGAUGCAAAAUUAGCAUCACAGACACCUCAUUCACCGGUUUUGCUUCAUCAAGCUUCUGAUAUAGAGGCACAGGAAAUGGGAGAUUACAGGGAUAUACUAAGCCUUACUAGAGUUCUUGUAUGUGGUCCGAAGAGUAAAGCAGAUGUUGACGUCAUUAUAGAAAGGUGUGCAGGUGCUGGGCAUUUGCGAGAUGAUAUCUUUUGUUACAGUAAGGAGCUUGAAAACUUUCUAGAUGGUGAUGAUGAGUAUCAAGCAUACCUCAUGGAUAUGGGUACUAAGGCAUUAAGGCGGUACUUUUUCCUGAUCACGUUUAGAUCCUACCUCUACUGCACUUCUGCAACCGAGAUGCAAUUCUCAUCCUGGAUGGAUGCAAGGCCUGAACUUGGCCAUCUCUGUAAUAACCUUAGGAUUGUUAAAUGAUUUGAGACAUAAAUCAAUGCCUUCCAAACUGAUUUAUGUACAGCUAGAAAUCUCUCUCUCUCUCUCUCUCUCAAUGUAGACGUAGAUACCCCUACAGUAUAAAACACAUUGUAGGGGUGCUUGCCCUCACAUGCUCAAGUACAUGGAUGCAGUCAAACAGAUGCAUGUGUUAAGUUCUUAAUCAUGAUUGUGUAUUAUGUAAUUAUGUUACUACUUUCCUAUAAAGCUAGCACCUUCACUUGUACUGAAGCCCUGCCAUAAUUUUUUAUC